AUGACACCACCGAACAAGCACGUGGCCAUCAUUCCUGAAGGAUCCAUGGAAAGGAAACGUCCCGUCGGUACCACCGCCGACCCGCCAUCUCUUGCUCUUCAUACGGGGCCUUUAACUGACGUCGUAGCGACCUCACGGACGAGAUCCAACGAGCAGAAUAACCUCCCUCCUCCUCCACCUCAAUCGUUUGGCUUCCCAGCGCCUGUCAAUACAAACACAAACGUCGCUACACGUGGAUGGAGACCGGGACGAGUCGGAGGACGUCAUGAUUCACCAUUGUACGGUAAAAACCGGAAACGUCCGUCAUUGUCGUCCAUUGACAGUAACGUGAGCUGGAGUGGCAGUGAAAUUGAGUCGAUUAGUGGCGGUAGUGCAGCACACAGUGAACAGGAACAGGUAACGAGACUGAGCUGGGCUUCGUCGGCUGUAACGAGAGAAGAAGUGACAAAAGUCGAUGUACCGUCGCCCAAGACACCGCAUGCGGACAAUUGUGUGGACUCUCGUACGAACAGCACGGACAAUGUGUUUGCAGCCACGUCUUCUAUAGUAUAUGACGAGGAGAAGAACGGUCCGCAAUCGUGUCCUUUGAUGUUUAAUAACACGAGACAGCCCCAGUUUUCAAUCGAGAAACUACAUCAACUGCGGAAUAAUGAGCUCAUCCCGUCAAAGUUCCUGCCUACGCGCACCAGUGUGGACAGUCUCAUGGGUUAUGUGCGGGAACUGCAGUUAUCAGAGGCAACUUUGCGUAAGCAGCUCUUGAAAAAUAAGCAGCAUACAGAGGAAGAGUUGACGCACUCGUUAUCAAAGGUGAAUGAACUAGAACGGACUGUGCAGGAGGCAGAACGAGAUCGCGAGCUUGCUCGACGGAAGCUGGAGGAACAGGAACAACUUAUUCGUGAUCUUGCAGCCAAGUUGAAACAAGCAGAGGCUUUCAAAUCGAAGGGUACUGCUGUCCCCGCUGUUAACGACCUUUCGCCGAUCGCUGAAGAAGCAACCGUACAAACAGAGAUUGACACGUCGGCUCUGACUGCUGAAACGAAUGAACGCCCCGACAUCUUUCCUCCGGUCCCAACUCCCGCGAUGCAGCAACAGCAAUCUUCAAUAUCUCUUGCGCACCGUGACCAGCCAAAGGAGGACAAUAGCGGUACCCAGUUCGGACUUGCAUCACCUCGAUCACCAGAUCGACCACUCUGGGAUCCGUGGGUAGCAGGAGGUACGAAUCCGACGAAAAACCUUCCACCUGUGUUUACCAUUGGGUCGACAGGAUUAGAUCCAGCGGUGUCUUUGUCCACGCCAUCUUCUCCGACGUCAAUGUCAGACCCGACAACGCCUACUAUUGAAGAGUACGAGCUCAAGUCUGUGCUGUUGUCUCCGCGCGAGAAACAGAACCAGAUUGAAGCCUCCGGAAACGGCAAGUAUGCUCAGCACGAAGAGCAGAACACUACUACGGCGCCUCCUGACACACAACAAGAGAAGCAGAAUCCUGCUGCAAUUUUUGACAUGGGGCCAAGGCCGCCGCCAUUGGACUCGCACCAGCAAGCUUUUGCGUCUUCAGGGACACCGAGUGCCGCGCUUGGUGUGCAGAGCGUGGAUCCACUUGUAAAAUCUUCAUCUCAAGAUGUUCCAAUGACAACUUCAGCCAACGAAAAUCUAUUGGAACGCAAGCAUAGUGUUACGGGAAGUAAUGGAUUACAAGGCCAGCAGUGGCCAUCUGCAACCUCGACCCCGUCUUUUGUGAGUGCCGAAGCGGCAAGCAUUGGGGAGAUGGUACUGCCUCCUUCAUCAAGUUUUGCUGUGCCGUCGUCGCAGGCGUCGGUAAAGAAUGCUCAGUUUCAGUACGAUGAGUCAGAGGUAGCUACAAAUUCCAGCGGAGACACUCAGGUCGCUCAACCUGAGCAAGAAUCUAAUUUUGUAGCAGAAGAUGUUGCUACUGGCGUUCGCAGCGUUCUGCCAUCAGGUUCUUCUCCACCCGUGGCUCCCGCGAUCUCAGAGAUUCAGGCACCCAGUCCCGCUUCUGCUCAAAUUGAAAGUGCUGCUGAUCCAGCAGAGCCUGAAUCUUUAGAGACGUUGCUGAUAGACUUCUUCACGGAGGUGGAUAAUAAACGACUGAAGAUGGCGAAGGUUUAUGGAAAGCGAUAUGCGGGCCGCGAGAAGUGGCUGUUUGCUGAGUUGUCGAAGCGAUAUGGUGCAGCAAAAGUGGCAGCGUUGAAGGUUCGAUUCGACGAUGGAAGUAGUGGCGAUGCUUCCGCUGUCACCAACCACUGCAAGAGCAGCAAUGAUCCUCACGCAAAGAAUUCGUCUAAUGUCUCGACCCACGCAAAGGCAGGGCGUCAAGUUCACCCUCGGCAUCCACACUUCGUUCAUCCGCCUACGCCUGCCAGCAAUGUAGACCUUAGUGCUGGUGCCGGUGUAUCUUCAGUGGCUUCUUCCGUUGCCCCGUUUCAGGAAAAGGACGAGUCGCGCUCUCAGAUACGACAGGUUGCCGAAGAAAUUAACACCGGUUCGAGUCCGAGCAAACAAACUUCUGCAAACUCUAUUUCACCUCAGAAGUGUCCGACUGGAAGCAACAUCUCUUCUUUAUCUGGCCCUCCGCCGUCGCUCCCAACCUUGCAAGAGACUGGCGAAGGAGACAAUGCGACUGCUGUUGGCACGGACGGCGCAACUUUAAGGAGUGGGCCUGCCCGAAGAACCCGACAUGGAGAGCCGACCAGUCACUUCAAUCAGCUACCUUCCCGCCCUCAGACUGAGAACAGUAACACUCCGCCUGUAGGUCUCCGACAGCGCCACCAAUUGUCUGCCGGCAGCCAAACAAGUACUGGUGUCGAACGUCCUGAUGUGACCUUAGAGGGUUUGCUAAAGGAACUGUACAAGACCCACCAACCUGAUAAGCUGAAAAACGUCUCCAUCGUUGCAAAGCAGUACGCUGGCAGAGAGCGUGAGCUUGUUGGGUUGUUGAAGGGAAAGUAUGGAGUACUGAGCGUGAAACGGUUGGAAGAAAACCUGGACAGUCUGGAGCGUACCCACCGUGCUCACAUGAGCAAAAACGGUACCAGGAAGAAGCGAGGCUGCUUUGUUCGAACGGUCUCACUGGUGUUUUGGUUCACAGUGCUGCUGAAUUUCUCGUUUGGAGCUGUUUUUGUCAGCUUUGUCGUGUUAAAUGCGUGGGGGUGCCGCUCUUUUGACAGUGAGGAACAAGAGCUGGAAGCUGCUGGCGAUUGUCUUCCGCUGAAGAAGGAGCUGGAGACUUUCACGUACGAGCGCAUAGCUACCUACGUGGUCCAGUCGCAUCCGGAUGCUUGCUUUUGCUCGGAGUGGAAGGCGCGCGAGAGUGCGUUGUUUGAUACCUUUUCAGGUGAAGACCUUGUCAAACUGGCGCGACUAGUUGCGUUUUCGCCUGUAUCGUUUGGCGUGCCGUGGAUUGCGAUUGUGAAAGAACAAGUACCGUCGCAAACAUUUUACGACAGUUAUGCGAAGCCUGUGGUGGAUUUGUCAUUGGAUGCCGGUAUAUUCGCGUGGUCUUCUGUUCUCGAGCUGGCAGGUUAUUUCGGUGAAACUGCUGAGGUGGACAACGAACCUUUUGCCGACAACGUUAAUGCAGAUGCCUUACCAAUAGAGGAGGCACAAGUGGUUGAUGGUGAGGCUGUUGCGGUGGCACCUGGUUUGUUGGAACAAGUUUUAGUUAAGGAAGAACUAGACACUUUUGACGAAAACCGCAAGACAGAUAGCCUUGAGACUAGUGAUCGGGCAACUGGUUUGACGGACAAUGUGUUAAUGGAGGAUGAUGUUAGUGAAGGUAUGACAACUGCCAGUGAAGAGGGCUUCUCAUUGCUUUCAGAGACAGAUGGAGAGGAGCUUGCUACAGUAGAACCAGUCAAUGUGUUGGAGCUGGAAGAUGUUGCGCCAGUUGAAGUGGCUGAGUCGAUUGAUGCCGGCGAACAGGAUUCGUUCGAUGAGGCCGAGGGAGAGGAAACUUGGACCGAUGCGAGCAUCCCAGCAGAAGAGGCUGAGUCUGCUGCAGAUGCCGAUGACGGAACUUCUGCUUUUACCGAGACCGAAGAAGAGGAUGUCGCUACUACAAAGACCUCCUUCAACGAUAUUGAGGCAUAUGAAGCUGAGUCUGUUUUUGGUACCGAUGAAGGAACUUCUGCUUUUAUUGAGACCGAAGAAGAGGAUGUUGAUGUUGAGAACACCUUCUUCAACGAUAUUGAGGAAGUAUCUGAAGCUGAGUCUAUUUUUGGUACCGAUGAAGGCGUUUCUGCUUUUACCGAGACUGAAGAAGGGGAUAUCGAUGUUGAGAACACCUUUUUCAACGAUAUUGAGGAAGUAUCUGAAGCUGAGUCUAUUUUUGGUACCGAUGAAGGCGUUUCUGCUUUUACCGAGACUGAAGAAGGGGAUAUCGAUGUUGAGAACACCUUUUUCAACGAUAUUGAGGAAGUAUCUGAAGCUGAGUCUAUUUUUGGUACCGAUGAAGGCGUUUCUGCUUUUACCGAGACUGAAGAAGGGGAUAUCGAUGUUGAGAACACCUCCUAUAACGAUAUUGAAAAAGUAGCUGAAGCUGCAGUGGAAGUGGAAGUGAAUGAAGAGAUGUCAGCUGAAGAUGUCAUAACCGUAUCGGAGGGCGUUGUGGAGGUGGAAGUACGCCAGGAUGGUAUCGAACUGUCGUACGCCAAGUCAGAGAUGGAUGAAGCGCUGACUGCGAAGUCUGCUGAGUCGUCAAUCUUAUCGGUGGACAAGGAAUCAGAUCUUUUGUUCGGUGGCGGUGAAGAGCCGUCUGCUUUAAGCGACGAGACGGAGGUAGUUGAGGCUAAAGAUGCGUCUGACGAUGUCUUUGUCGGUGCAGCAGAGGAGGAUAUUGCACCAGUGAUGGAAGGUGUUGACGAGGAUUUUGCUGCGCCAACCAGUAGUGCCAUUGAGGCUGAUGUGGAGGUGACGAAUUUGGGGUCCGACAUUGCCACAACAAGCGAGGUGGUCGAAAUUGAGGCGGAGAACAUCGAAAAGGAGCCAACUGACCCCGAAGUCUUACAGAUGAAGCCUCCACAUGCGCUAAGCUCAGAGUUCAGCUUGGUGUUUGAGGAUAGUGAAUCGUCAAAUAUUACUAGCAUUGAAAACAUUGAAGAGCUGGCACUGAUGUUGGCGGGUGAGGAGAUUGCUGCUAAUUUGCUGAGUGAAGGACCUGAGUCGGAAGCAGGCAAGGAGUUGGAUGACCUAACCAAAGCUGAAGCUCAGGAGACGGAGACGACGUCUGACAAAAAGGAGGGAGUUCCGUCCGAAGAAGACGAUGCCAACAUGCUAGCGGAAGAAGGUUUUAUCGUGGCAAAACCUGAGCGUGAGCCGGAUUUCAGCUCGAACGAUAUUGAUGCGGAAGUGAUAUUGACUGAGGAGGGCACUGUUCGUUCGUCGGAUGAUGAGUAUAUGACAAUCAAAGAGGAGGGUGACGAUGAUAAUGAGGAAUUGGUCGCUCCUGCUGAAAUGGAGGAACUCAUAUUACAUAACGGUGAUGAUGAAAAUAUGUUUGAGGAGAAAUCCGACGAAGCCGACGACGAGAUGGUCAUUCGUGCUGAGGUGGAGGUAGCAAGCGAGCUGGAGGUAGAGGAAUACUAUGGUGGCGUACCGAGCGAGAAUAUCGUGGCGCCUGAAUUGACGGACGACUUGGAGAAUCAGGAUUAUGAUCUGAAGGGGAGCGUCGAAGAAGCUGUUUCAGCGGAGAUCGAGGCAGUUGGUGAGAGAUUGAAUUUGCUGUCUGAGGUCGAAGUAGAGAAUCUCGAAGAUGUUCCCAUCGAGAUGGAUAAGGUAGGCGCUGAAUCGACUGCUUCAGAUGAAAUUGAAGUGAUGCAAUUUGUGUCUGAAGUUGACCUGGGCCACGAGCUGGGCGAGGGAAUUGUGGUGGAUUUUGAAGACGCGGUCGGGUCGGACGAUGAAAAUACCGUUUCUGUUGAGCACCCUGAUGAAGUGAACGAAGAUAUCGGGGAUACUGAGGCUGUUGAUUCAUCUCUGACAAAAGUAGAUUCUCCAAUUGCUGAUGAGGCGAUGUCUAUCGAAGAUGGUCCAAUCGCUGGUGAUGUAGAGAAUGUCGGUAUUGCCGAAGACGAAACUCACAUCAGCGACGAAGUAGAGGCUGCUACCUUAGAAGCGGCCACGGUUACUCAUCAAAUGGAUGCAAUUGGUGAUCCCGAGGUGUCGCAUGCUGAUGGACCCACAGCCGUCGACGGUGAGACAUCAGAGCUACAGCAAGCCGUCGAUGAAUCUUCAGCUCCUGCUAUUGAAGAGGAGGCAAGUGACGGAUUUGCUUCAGCUGUGAACGAGGUUCUUGCACGACUUGUGGAGCCUUUUGAAGCAGCCAAGACAGCUGCGAUGUAG